AUGGUCCUGCACGUGGUGUUUUUGCUGCUCUGGGUCUGCUGGCUUCACAGUGUGUUUGGUCAAGACUAUGAAGACACUGUAACUCACUUUCCGGAAGUCAAAGAUGGCAAGUGCAUCUUUCCAUUCCAGUACAAAGGUGGGAUAUUCUAUGACUGCAUCAAGUUCAAGGCAAAACACAAGUGGUGCUCCCUAACUAAGAUGUACCAAGGACGUUGGAAGUAUUGCUCUGAAGAAGACUUUGGAAACUGCGUGUUUCCCUUCUGGUACAGACGCCUUAUCUACCGCGAAUGCACUGAAGACGGGGACGCGUUUGGGAGAAAAUGGUGCUCGCUGACCCAGAAUUAUAACAAGGACAAGGUCUGGAAAUAUUGUGACUGAUGGCGACAUUUUCUGGGAGGGGCAUGAGGAGGGUCUAAUCGUUCCCAGGGGAAAUAAAUGUCCAGUUUCUUUUGUGAAAGGAGGAGAUAGGACUCUCCUUAAAAACGUUUUUUGUUUUUGUUCUUGUUUUUUUUUUUUUUUUUUUUCUGAGCUAUGAUCUGGCUGUAAAUAGCUCGGGGUUUUGGUCGUGGAUUAUGGAUGAUGGGGUUUUUAUAUGGAAACUUCUAUUGUAGCCUCAGCACUUUUACUUACUAACUGGGUUAA